CGGAGAGGAUCUGAACAUACUCCGUCUGCAGCAACGCAGUCCCCCAGUACUCUGUCUGACCCAGGUGUGUGUACUGUGUGUGAACUGUCUGUGUGUACAAGUGUGUGUGUACUGUGUGUGAACUGUCUGUGUGUACAAGUGUGUGUGUGUGUGUGUUUGUGUUUGGACCUCAGGGUACGUCUGAUUCGGAGGAAACAUGGCGGUGAAUCUGAGUAAGAACGGGCCUGCUCUCAUGGAGGCUUACAAAGAGGUGGUGGACGGGAAGGUGGAUACUAACUGGGCGCUGUUUACUUAUGAAGGGAACUCUAAUGACAUCCGUCUGGCCGACAAGGGAGACGGGGGUCUGGAGGAGAUGGUGGAGGAGUUCAACAGUGGGAAGGUGAUGUACGCUUUCUGUCGAGUCCAAGACCCCAACUCAGGCUUGCCCAAAUAUGUCCUGAUAAACUGGACAGGUGAAGGUGUGAAGGACUCUCGUAAAGGAGUGUGUGCGAACCAUGUGAGCUCCAUGGCCAACUUCCUCAGGGGGGCUCACGUUACGAUAAACGCUCGAGGGGACGAGGACGUGGAGCCGGACGCUGUCCUGCAGAAAGUGUCCCGCGCGUCCGGAGCCAGUUUUAAUUUACACAAAGACACUGAGCACAGAGACGCCCCCCGAGGCCCCGUGGGCUCUGUGUAUCGUAAGACCAACGCUGUGGAGGAGAUCCUGAAAACCAACAAGGACGCUUUCUGGAACCAGACACAGAGGGAGGAGGAGGUGAGUCGACGGGAGGAGAGCGAGCGAACAGACAGGGAGAGAGAGAAGCUGGAGAGAGAGAGGAUGCAGGAGGACGAGAGACAGAGGGAGGAGAGAGAGAGGAGGAGCAGAGAGAGAGCAGAGCAGAUCCAGCAGGACAGGAUCCAUCAGAAGCAGAGAGAAGAAGAGGAGCGAGAGAGAGAGCAGCAGACACAGAUGGUGCAGGAGAAUGGAAACAAGAAGUCUGGCAUCAACUUUGCGGCGUCGGUGCAGAAGGCUAACGAGGCCAAGUCUCUGAUUUCUCAGAGGUCUUUUAACCCCAGAGACGUUUUCCAGCAGAGGGAGCAGAGCAGCGAGAGAUCCUCUGCCGCGUCCAGACCCGGGAAGCUGCAGAGUCCGUUUCUCUCUCAGAAAUCGUCCGGCAGAGUUUCUCCUCCGGCCGCCUCCCCCUCCGCCACCCGGCUGUCUCCAGUCUCCGCCCCUUCCCCUGACUCACCCGUCUCACCCUUCCCCGUUUACUCCAUGCACCGCCUGUCUUCUGCCUCACCCGUCCUGUCUCCCUCUCCUGCUGCUGCUGUCUCAACAAUCUCACCCCCCCCAGAGACAGCCGGGUCACCUGGUCCCACAGCAGCAGACGCUGUGUUCACAGAGGACGAGGAGGAAUGGUCAGAUGAGUUUGAAGAGGAUGCAUCUGAAGCUCCUCCAGAGGAGCCUGCAGCUGAAGAGGAUCUGUACAAGGCUGCAAACCCAGUCCUGGAGGAUGAGGACUUGUAUGAAGACGUGACCAUCAUCUCCACGGCUAACGUUCCAGAAAGCAACGGACAGGGAACUUGUGCUCGAGCUCUGUAUGACUACCAGGCUGCUGACGACUCCGAGAUAACCUUUGACCCCGACGACAUCAUCACAGGGAUCGAGAUGGUGGACGACGGUUGGUGGAGGGGAUACGGACCUGCCGGACACUACGGCAUGUUCCCGGCAAACUAUGUGGAGUUAAUCUAGCUUCCACACACCAACAACAACAGAUCCCCAGACACAAUAAUAAAUAAUACAUAUUUACAUCGAGUUGUGGUCUAAAUUAAAGGUGUGUCCCCGGAAAAAUGUCACAUUGCUGGAUUAAAAGCCUCAUAAUAAACACUGUCACUAUUCAAGAA